UGUAGAAGUAAUGAUGUUACCAGUUUGGUCCAUUUUCUACUUCGAUGAUGACCUGGAAUGGAUGAAAGAUUUAUCGUCAUGGACAAUUUAAAAUUAAUGGCGGCUUUCGAGUUCUUUCCCGUAUGUCUAUAAAAACAAUUCUUCCCUAGCUACGUUGUCUGUGCUCCUGCUGGUUGUAGGGCCUAUUAGUAGAUCAAGAAAAACCUAAGCAUACCAUACCAUCGUGACGCCAUGGCUACUGCUUCGCCUGGAAGGACUGCAUCGAAGAGAGGAGCCAAAGAAAUGCCUGACAGAGUUGAUGAAAAUAAUGCAAAAAUUGUUGCAUUUUGUCUUCUUCUUCUCUUGCUUGCUGGUCAUGGAGUGAACUACUUUCUGCAUGGCAGAGACACAUGUAUGGAUCUUUUACGAGAUGGUCGUUAUCUGGGCCCCUCGGCUUGGCAACCUGCUGGCUGCAUGAUGCAUAAAUACAGUCACAUAGAUUCGCAGAAGUGUUUUCAAGACCAGCAUGUGGUGUUUAUUGGGGAUUCCCGAAUGCGCCAGCUGUAUUUCACUUUCACAUCAAGGAUAACAUCAGAUACUUUACACGAAGGAAAAUUUCAUGAAGACCUCCUUCACAUUGACGCAAAGACAAAAUCACACUCUGAGUUUCUAUGGCAUCCAGAAGUCAACAACUCACUCAUUAAAGCUUACACAAACAAUAUUUUGUCUGCUUCUAAGAAGCCUGUAUUAGUGGUGUUAGGAGAUGCAACGUGGACCAUCAAACUCAACGAUGGUGCUCAUAAAGCCUUUGAACAUUAUACAGUAAAUCUGACUCAGCUGAGACCAGAACUGCAGCGGACGACAGAGAAAACCAAAGUAGUCUGGAUGAUGCAAGCCCCAGUACAGGAGCAUUUGCUAGUUGGCUCCCGCAGUAUGAUCACCAAUGAACGGGUGACUAUGUACAAUGAUGCUGCAGCUGAUAUCUUAGAAAACACAAAAGUGAAACUGUGGUAUUCCGCAAUUAAAACAUCUAACUUAUCAAAAUAUGAUACAACAGAUGGACUGCACAUGAGUGACGAGGCAUUAGAGACAGAUGCCGAUCUGUUGCUGAACUUGGUGUGUAAUGCCAAGAUCAAACCUUCAGCGACAACAUGUUGUGCUGGAACAGACUUUACACCAAAUAUGCUGCAGAUUAUUGCACUGUGCUUCUUCGCUUUAUGUGGAAUUGUUUCUCUUGGUCUGAAAGUUCGUCUACGUCACAUUGCGACGACUCCUCCCCAGGAGCUAGUCUCUAUUCCAGGAGAUCAACUCCAUAACCAUGAGGGCUCUAAUAUUAGGGAUCCUGAGUUGGGUUUCAAACACAGGAAGGUGGAUGAUCUGUACAUCCUAGAGGCUUAUAAAUUGACAAGUUCCCUCGCAAAGUUUGGUGUUAUUCUUCUCUACUUCUUUCUUGCUGACAGAACUGACCUUCUUCCCAAGGAGCAGAAGUAUUACACCAACAAAGGUUUCUUUGUCCCGCUGGCUUAUAUAAUCAUUCUGGGACUAUUCUUUGUUGAAAAAGUACCCAAGCCAUCAGUAUUAAACAUCCCUCAGACAACAGAAUGGAAAGGUUGGAUGCAACUUAUUAUACUAGUCUAUCAUAUCACAGGAGCUAGCAAGAAAAUUCCCAUCUACAUGCAUGUAAGAGUUCUAGUGGCAUGUUAUCUCUUUCUGACGGCCUAUGGUCAGUUUACUGCCUCCUGGGACAGACAGAAAUUUGGCCUGGUCAGAGUUUGUCAGGUUUUAUUCAGACAGAACUUCCUAGUAGUCCUGUUGUGUAUUGUGAUGAACAGACCGUAUCAGGCAUACUACUUUGUUCCUCUGAUAUCAUUCUGGUUUCUGAUUAUCUACGCCACCAUGGCGUCUCCGCCAAGAGUCACCAGGGAAUCAGCUGAAGCCAAGUCAUCCCAUAUUAUAUUUAUGUUAUUGAAGCUUGGAGGGUUGCUUGCAGUGUGUGUUAUUCUCUCUAUGUCAGAGAUUUUCUUCAAUUCUCUUUUUAAGUGGUGGCCAAUAAACACGUUAUUUUACUGGCCUGGUCAGAGUCUCUAUGAAUGGUGGUUCCGAUGGAGACUCGACAGAUAUAUAUUAGUGUAUGGGAUGUUGUUUGCCAUGGGUUAUAUCCACCUGAGGAUAACAAAGAGGUUGAAGGAUACCCUUCCAGAAAACUUAUUUUCUACAUCGUGGACAGUAGUCAGCGUUAUCGUAGGAGCUUUAUUUGUUGCUAUAUAUACAGUACAUUCCUUCCUUUGCUACAGUAAACCAGAUUGUAAUGAGGUCCAUACAUACAUCAGUGCACUUCCGGUGACAGGUAUAAUUAUCUUGAGAAAUUCCUCUGGGUAUGUUCGUGCACGCUACAGCACAUUCUUUGCAUGGUUUGGCUCAAUAUCGUUGGAGCUCUUCAUCAGCCAGUAUCACAUUUGGCUGGCAGAGGACACUCGAGGCAUCUUGGUUCUCAUCCCUGGACAUCCUAGCCUCAACCUUCUUGUCUCAACCUUCAUCUUUAUCUUCAUUGCUCAUGAGAUCUCACGCCUUACAGGAAUCAUCGCAAAGAGCGUCAUCUCAGAUGACUACACCACCACCCGCAAUAGAGCUCUGUUCUUUUGUGUUAUCCUUGGUGCUUUGUUAGCUUAUUCAACCUUUAGUUAAAGGGUUGGGGUACUUUUUGGUACAACAAAGAACACAUUGUCCACAGAUUUACACUUAAAUUUAAGAAAAUGAUGGUAGAAAGCUUCCCUUAAAAUGUUACUUGCCA